ACUCUGAUCACCACAGGUGCCAUCUGGGAACAGCACCGGGCUGGCAGAUCGUGCUAGCCGGAUGGGUAACGUUUCUACUGCGGUCAAGCAGUGCCUGAGCUAUGAGACUUUCUUGCGGGAUUAUCCUUGGUUUCCACGGCUCCUGUGGGAAGAGAAGUGCUCUGAACUGCCUAAGCUUCCACUUUGUGUCAAAAUUGUGGAGGUCGGACCGAGAGAUGGACUUCAAAACGAGAAGGAAAUAGUGCCGACAGAGGUCAAAAUCCAGCUGAUAGACAUGCUCUCUCAGACCGGGCUGCCCGUCAUCGAAGCCACUAGCUUUGUGUCUUCAAAGUGGGUAGCACAGAUGGCAGACCACACUGCAGUGUUGAGAGGGAUUAAAAGGUCUCCUGACGUUCGAUACCCUGUUCUGACUCCCAAUAUUCAGGGCUUCCAGGCAGCUGUAACAGCAGGAGCUACUGAAGUGGCAGUGUUUGGUUCCGCCUCAGAGACUUUUAGCAGGAAGAACAUCAACUGCUCCAUAGAGGAGAGUUUGCAGAGGUUCGAGCAGGUCAUCUCUGCAGCCAAACGGGAAGGCGUACCAGUGCGCGGGUACGUUUCCUGUGCUCUCGGCUGUCCGUAUGAGGGACAAGUAAAACCAUCCCAAGUCACAAAGGUGGCAAAGCGGUUGUUUGAGCUGGGCUGUUAUGAGGUAUCCCUGGGGGACACCAUUGGCGUGGGCACCGCGGGCUCCAUGGCCGAGAUGCUGAGCGAUGUGUUGACAGAGGUGCCCGUCAGCGCACUGGCGGUGCACUGCCACGACACUUACGGUCAGGCUCUGCCCAACAUACUCAUUGCUCUGCAGAUGGGGGUUUCUGUGGUCGACUCCUCGGUUGCAGGCCUCGGAGGAUGCCCGUAUGCCAAGGGAGCGUCUGGCAAUGUUUCUACUGAGGAUGUUUUAUAUAUGCUACAUGGUCUUGGAAUUGAAACCGGGGUGGACCUGUUGAAAGUGAUGGAAGCGGGAGAAUUCAUCUGCCAAGCCUUAAAUCGAACAACUAACUCCAAGGUCAGCCAAGCUACUAAAAACAUCCAGCCUUUUCAUUCUAAGUGAAAAUACAUACAAUGUGGUCCAAAAGUCUAAAACCACAUUCAUGUGCUGUAAACCUGCUUUCAGACUUUUGGCCUCUGCUAAAUGCUUUUACUUUGAUUGUCCUUUUAAGAGCUGCUGAUGCAGUAUUUAAAUUAAUCAUAUCUACAAUAUACUAUAUUGUGCCUAUAACAGGAAACAUGUGCAUUUUACGCCAAAGAAAUGAGCCCAUGCCUUUUGUAGUUUCUGUCAAACAGAAAACACUAAAAAUAGAAAAUGUGACUUGACAUGAGGCUGAUCACCCCCUAUCUGUGAGAGUAUUUUUUUCCCCCUCACUGAUUCAUAUAUCCUGCUUAAAAUAGUUACGAUCGGACUGCAGAGAGCGCAGUGGCAGAGUUCAGAGCAGGUUCAGAGCACUA